AUGAAGUUCUUCAGCUCCGCCAUCACCGCCGCCGUUUUCGGCCUUACCGUCUCCUCCGCUGUCGCAGCCCCGACUAACAGCGAUGCCUCGCUCGACAUCGAGAAGCGAGUCGACUGCGUGGCUAACGCCGCCAUCAUCCGCAAGUGGUCCGAGGAUGCACUUACGCGCUACCGCGUUGCCUUCUCCAUCACCAGGCAAGACAUCGACUCGGAUACCUUCGGCCAGUCCUGCAGCGAAUUCGGCGGCGAUGCCAUCACCAGGUGCAGCGCCAUUAACAACAACAUCGCCUGCUACCACAGCGCCGCUGACCAGAGCUGGGUCGUCGACAACAACCAGGUUGCUGGCGUCGGUGAUUCUGUGGAGGACUGCGUCAUUGCUGCUUUCCGCGACAAGCUUGCGUCCAAGUGGGGUUGCCACGUCUGA